GGUCCAACCGUCAAAGACAAAGCGACGCGCACAACAGGUGAAGAAAACCAAAGCCAAAAACAGUACAAAAUACAGAUAGUUGAUAUUAGCGUUAAAAAACAAGGUGGUUAGUUCAUCAGCCGCGCAGCUUCGUUAACUCCGCCACUCCCCCGAGUCCCAACCAUAUUUCUCAACGGACUUCUCAGAGCUCUCCGCCACUUCUCCUCCUAAUAAACCCGAAACCCAGAGAUCCUUCCUUCCAAUUCUAUCCCUUCUUUCAUCUCCAGAAACACCAAAAUGCAGGCAUCGCUCAGUCUCUCGGUCUCUAACCCCGCCGCCAUUCCCAGAUCAAGCCACGGCUUCGAGUCCUCCAUCCCUUUCCCGUCGAAGCCCGUGAAUCUCAGGUUCUGCGGUCUCAGGAGGGAAGCCUUGGGGUUUUCUUCCGCUUCUACUUAUCCUCUUUCCACCUCCCGGUCAAGUAGGAGCGUAGCUCGCUCCAACAAGGUUUCGGCCUCCCUCGGCAGCGCCAAUGGCAGCAGCAGCGCUCCCAAGUCGUUUGAUUACGACUUGAUCAUCAUUGGAGCUGGCGUCGGCGGGCACGGAGCUGCACUUCAUGCUGUUGAGAAGGGUUUGAAAACUGCUAUUGUUGAGGGGGAUGUGGUCGGAGGGACUUGUGUUAACAGAGGUUGCGUGCCGUCAAAAGCUUUGCUGGCCGUCAGUGGCCGGAUGCGUGAGCUUCAGAACGAGCAUCAUUUGAAAGCUUUGGGUCUCCAGGUUUCAGCUGCUGGUUAUGACAGACAGGGAGUUGCUGAUCAUGCCAAUAAUCUUGCUAUGAAAAUUCGCGGCAAUCUGACGAACUCAAUGAAGGCAUUGGGUGUGGACAUCUUGACCGGUUUUGGUGCAGUUUUGGGUCCCCAAAAGGUGAAAGUUGGGAAAGACACAGUAGUGACUGCAAAGGACAUCAUCAUCGCCACUGGUUCUGUCCCAUUUGUGCCUAAGGGGAUUGAAGUCGAUGGGAAGACUGUCAUAACAAGUGAUCAUGCCCUCAAACUGGAGUUUGUACCUGAUUGGAUAGCUAUUGUUGGAAGUGGUUACAUUGGUCUUGAAUUCAGUGAUGUGUAUACUGCACUUGGAAGUGAGGUGACAUUCGUUGAAGCUCUGGACCAACUCAUGCCUGGAUUUGAUCCUGAGAUUGGGAAGUUGGCUCAAAGAGUCUUAAUUAAUCCUCGCAAAAUUGACUACCACACUGGAGUGUUUGCAACCAAGAUAACUCCAGCAAAAGAUGGGAAACCAGUCACUAUUGAGCUUAUUGAUGCCAAAACCAAGGAACCAAAAGAAACUCUCGAGGUAGAUGCAGCUCUGAUUGCUACUGGACGGGCACCUUUCACAAAUGGUCUCGGCUUGGAGAAUAUUAAUGUGGCAACCCAGCGUGGUUUUAUUCCUGUUGAUGAGCGUAUGCGUGUCAUUGAUUCCAACGGAGACCUGGUCCCUCACUUGUUUUGCAUCGGAGAUGCCAACGGUAAAAUGAUGCUUGCUCAUGCAGCCAGCGCACAAGGAAUUUCAGUGGUGGAGCAACUGACUGGAAGAGACCACGUGCUAAAUCAUUUAAGCAUCCCGGCUGCUUGUUUCACUCAUCCGGAAAUCAGUAUGGUUGGACUGACAGAGCCUCAAGCAAGGGAAAAAGCUGAACUAGAGGGAUUUGAAGUAGCCGUUGCCAAGACAAGCUUCAAGGCGAACACGAAGGCCUUGGCCGAAAAUGAAGGAGAGGGUCUUGCUAAGUUGAUAUACAGACCUGACAACGGAGAGAUUCUUGGCGUUCAUAUCUUUGGGCUGCAUGCUGCAGAUCUCAUCCACGAAGCAUCUAAUGCUAUAGCUUUAGGGACUCGCAUCCAGGACUUGAAAUUGGCAGUUCACGCGCAUCCUACGCUUUCUGAAGUCCUUGAUGAACUCUUCAAGUCAGCAAAGGUUAACGCACAUGUUGGCAGGAGCCCAGUAGCCGAACCAGUUGCAGUCUAAAGCUAAAACCUCUGACGCCCCCAAAUUCUUCGUCGAAGUAUCAAAUCCCCAAGUGCUCGAAAGAGAGUGUACCCUGAUAGAACAAAGAUAGGAAGUCAAGUCAUCACUCAUCAGCAUGGUUCAAGUAAUGCAGCAGCUAGCACUUCAUCUCUUCCGAUUCGUUCAUUCGACCAUCGAUAACUCUCGAGUCAAUAAUCAUCCCCCGGUUUUGUACUAAUUUAUGAUUCCAGAUACCGGAUACUUGUAGUUGUAGAGCUAGAACAUAUUGAAAGGCUUCCUCUUAUGGUUGUCGUCCAUUGUCUCAUUCUGUAUCCUAAUUUGUAUACCAACAUGUUCCGCUGAGAGUAAUAUCAAAGGUUGAAAUUUCUUA